GCGCUCGCCUCCCUCCGCCUUAAACUGUUUUGGUAGCAACGGCAACAGCGGCAGUGAGUCCCGGCCCGGCUCCCAGCAGCUCCUCGGUCUCGGCGGGCCUCCCCGCCCCUUCGUCCUCCUCCUUCUACCCGUCGCCAGCCCGGCCGCCCCCCCAGCCGCGCUACUGCGCGCCUCCUCGCUCGGCGCCCGUGCGUCCCUGCCGCGCUCCGGCGUCUCCUCGGCGCGCCCGGCUCUCGGCUGUCCCCGCCCGGCGUGCGAGCCGGUGUAUGGGCCCCUCACCAUGUCGCUGAAGCCCCAGCAGCAGCAGCCGCCCGCGGCUGCCAGUGUCCGCAAGCCCGGCGGCGGCCUUCUCACAUCGCCCGCCGCUGCGCCGUCACCGUCCUCAGUCUCGUCGUCCUCGGCCGCGGCUUCCUCCUCCUCCUCCUCUUCCUCCUCCUCCUCCUCGGCGGCCGCGGCGGGCGCAGGCGGCGGGCGGCCUGGCCUGGGCAGAGGUCGGAACAGUAGCAAAGGACUGCCUCAGUCUACGAUUUCUUUUGAUGGAAUCUAUGCAAAUAUGAGGAUGGUUCAUAUACUUACGUCAGUUGUUGGAUCCAAAUGUGAAGUACAAGUGAAAAAUGGAGGUAUAUAUGAAGGAGUUUUUAAAACAUACAGUCCUAAGUGUGAUUUGGUACUUGAUGCUGCACACGAGAAAAGUCCAGAAUCCAGUUCGGGCCCAAAACGUGAAGAAAUAAUGGAGAGUAUUUUGUUCAAAUGUUCUGACUUUGUUGUGGUGCAGUUUAAAGAUAUGGACUCCAGUUACGCAAGAAGAGAUGCUUUUACUGACUCUGCUAUCAGUGCUAAAGUGAACGGUGAACACAAAGAGAAGGACCUGGAGCCCUGGGAUGCCGGGGAACUCACAGCCAGUGAAGAACUAGAGGCUUUGGAAAAUGAUGUUUCUAAUGGAUGGGAUCCCAAUGAUAUGUUUCGAUAUAAUGAAGAAAAUUAUGGUGUAGUAUCUACAUAUGAUAGCAGUUUAUCUUCAUAUACGGUACCCUUAGAGAGGGAUAACUCAGAAGAAUUUUUAAAACGAGAAGCAAGGGCAAACCAGUUAGCAGAAGAAAUUGAAUCAAGUGCUCAAUACAAAGCUCGAGUGGCCCUGGAAAAUGAUGAUAGGAGCGAGGAAGAAAAAUAUACAGCAGUUCAGAGAAAUUCCAGUGAACGUGAGGGGCACAACAUAAACACUAGGGAAAAUAAAUAUAUUCCUCCUGGACAAAGAAAUAGAGAAGUCAUAUCCUGGGGAAGUGGGAGACAGAAUUCACCGCGUAUGGGCCAGCCUGGAUCCGGCUCCAUGCCAUCAAGAUCCACUUCUCACACUUCAGAUUUCAACCCGAAUUCUGGUUCAGACCAAAGAGUAGUUAAUGGAGGUGUUCCCUGGCCAUCGCCUUGCCCAUCUCCUUCCUCUCGCCCACCUUCUCGCUACCAGUCAGGUCCCAACUCUCUUCCACCUCGGGCAGCCACCCCUACACGGCCGCCCUCCAGGCCCCCCUCGCGGCCAUCCAGGCCCCCGUCUCACCCCUCUGCUCAUGGUUCUCCAGCUCCUGUCUCUACUAUGCCUAAACGCAUGUCUUCAGAAGGGCCUCCAAGGAUGUCCCCAAAGGCCCAGCGGCACCCUCGAAAUCACAGAGUCUCUGCUGGGAGGGGCUCCAUAUCCAGUGGUCUAGAAUUUGUAUCCCAUAACCCACCAAGUGAAGCAACUACUCCUCCAGUGGCAAGGACCAGUCCCGCAGGGGGAACAUGGUCAUCAGUGGUCAGUGGGGUUCCAAGAUUAUCUCCCAAAACUCAUAGACCCCGGUCUCCCAGACCAAACAGUAUUGGAAGUACUGCCGGUGGGUCAGUUCUUGCUUCUCCCCAAGCUGGUAUUAUUCCGGCUGAAGCUGUUGCCAUGCCUGUUCCAGCUGCAUCUCCUACACCUGCAAGUCCUGCAUCCAACAGAGCUGUGACCCCGUCUGUUGAGGCUAAAGAUUCUAGGCUUCAGGAUCAGAGGCAGAAUUCUCCUGCAGGGAAUAAAGAAAAUAUUAAACCCAGUGAAACAUCACCUACCUUCUCAAAAGCUGAAAAUAAAGUGGAAUUUUGGGGUCAUACGUUACAGCCAAGUUCCACUUCUGAAUCUAUGGAUCAAGUACUAAACAAAAAUAGAGAGGGAGAAAAAUCAAGAGAUUUGAUCAAAGAGAAAAUUGAACCAAGUGCUAAGGACUCUUUCAUUGAAAAUAGCAGCAACUGCACCAGUGGCAGCAGCAAGCCGAGUAGCCCCAGCAUCUCCCCUUCAAUACUUAGUAACACAGAGCACAAGAGGGGCCCCGAGGUCACAUCCCAAGGAGUACAGACUUCUGGUCCCGCGUGUAAACAAGAGAAAGACGAUAAAGAGGAGAAGAAAGAUGCAGCUGAGCAAGUUAGAAAGUCAACAUUGAAUCCCAAUGCAAAGGAGUUCAACCCUCGUUCUUUUUCUCAGCCAAAGCCUUCUACCACCCCAACUUCACCUCGACCUCAAGCACAACCUAGCCCAUCUAUGGUGGGUCAUCAGCCACCGACUCCAGUUUAUACUCAGCCUGUUUGUUUUGCACCAAAUAUGAUGUAUCCAGUCCCAGUGAGUCCAGGCGUGCAACCUUUAUACCCAAUACCCAUGACGCCCAUGCCAGUGAAUCAAGCCAAGACAUAUAGAGCAGGUAAAGUGCCAAAUAUGCCUCAGCAGCGGCAAGACCAGCAUCAUCAGAGCACCAUGAUGCACCCAGCCUCAGCAGCAGGCCCGCCCAUCGUAGCCACCCCGCCAGCGUACUCGACUCAGUAUGUGGCCUAUAGUCCUCAGCAGUUCCCGAAUCAGCCACUAGUUCAACAUAUGCCACAUUAUCAGUCUCAGCACCCUCAUGUCUACAGUCCUGUGAUACAGGGUAAUGCUAGAAUGAUGGCGCCGCCAGCACACGCCCAGCCUGCGUUAGUGUCUUCUUCAGCAACACAGUACGGGGCUCAUGAGCAGACGCAUGCAAUGUAUGCAUGUCCCAAAUUACCAUACAACAAGGAGACAAGCCCUUCUUUCUACUUUGCCAUUUCCACGGGCUCCCUCGCGCAGCAGUACGCACACCCUAAUGCAACCCUGCACCCACAUACUCCACAUCCUCAGCCUUCAGCCACCCCCACUGGACAGCAGCAGAGCCAGCAUGGUGGAAGUCAUCCUGCACCCAGUCCUGUUCAGCACCAUCAGCACCAGGCCGCCCAGGCUCUCCAUCUGGCCAGUCCACAGCAGCAGUCAGCCAUUUACCACGCGGGGCUUGCGCCAACCCCACCUUCCAUGACACCUGCCUCCAAUACGCAGUCGCCACAGAAUAGUUUCCCAGCAGCACAACAGACCGUCUUCACAAUUCAUCCUUCUCAUGUCCAGCCAGCAUAUACCAACCCGCCCCACAUGGCCCAUGUACCUCAGGCUCAUGUACAGUCAGGAAUGGUUCCUUCUCAUCCAACUGCCCAUGCGCCAAUGAUGCUAAUGACGACACAGCCACCCGGCGGUCCCCAGGCCGCCCUCGCUCAAAGUGCACUACAGCCCAUUCCAGUCUCGACAACAGCGCAUUUCCCCUAUAUGACGCACCCUUCAGUACAAGCCCACCACCAACAGCAGUUGUAAGGCUGCCCUGGAGGAACCGAAAGGCCAAAUUCCCUCCUCCCUUCUACUGCUUCUACCAACUGGAAGCACAGAAAACUAGAAUUUCAUUUAUUUUGUUUUUUAAAAAUAUACGUUGAUUUCUUGUAACAUUCAGUAGGAAUGCUAACAGUUCACUUGCAGUGGAAGAUAUCUGGACCGAGUAGAGGCAUUUAGGGCCUUGUGGGCUGUUCCAUAAUUCCAUGUGCUGUUUCAAAGUCCCGCAGGUACCCCAGCUCUGCUUGCCGAAACUGGAAGUUAUUUAUUUUUUAAUGGUCCUUGAAAGUCAUGAACACAUCAGCUAGCAAAAGAAGUAACAAGAGUGAUUCUUGCUGCUAUUACCGCUAAAAAAAAAAAAAAGAAAAAAAA